AUGAUGUUGUUUCUACUGAAAUCCCUGAUCACCGUCCUCGCCCUCCUGGCCACCUGCGUCCUGGUCCCGCAGCUCCCCUUGGGCCUUCUCCGCUUCGUACUCCGCGGUGUGGGAUGGGCCAUCCAGAAGCGCACCAAGUCUCGGAGGGAAUUGGUCCUCUCGCGGGUCCGUAUCGAGGACGAGGAGUUCCAGGCCAAGCGAUCCAAGUCGUCGUCCGGCGGCUCGGGGGAGGAUGAGGAUUGGGAGAAGGUCGAUUCCUCCAGCUCCAGCUCUGGGACAGCUGGCCAUAAACAAACCGGCCGGGAUGAGGACUGGGCUGGGAUUAUCGGCUUCUUUCACCCCUUUUGUAACGCAGGCGGAGGCGGAGAACGUGUUCUUUGGGAAGCUGUGAGAGCUACCCAGAAGCGAUGGCCUAGAGCUACCUGCGCCAUAUAUACCGGAGACCAUGAAAUCAACAAGACUGCUAUGUUGGAGAGAGUCCAAAGCCGGUUCAACAUCCAACUGCACGCCCCGACGGUGGUGUUGAUGUAUCUCACCACGCGCAAAUAUGUCCAGAGCAGCAUGUAUCCCCACAUGACCCUGCUCGGUCAAUCCCUCGGGUCGCUGGUGGUGGCCUACGAUGCCUUUACCCUCCUGGUUCCUGACAUCUUUGUCGAUACGAUGGGUUACGCCUUCACCCUGGCCUUUUCUAAGCUGCUGUUCCCGUCCGUCCCCACCGGCGCGUACGUCCACUAUCCCACGAUAUCCACCGACAUGCUGCAAUCCCUGGACGACGCCACCGGAAUCCAAGGCGUCAACGCCGGGGCUGGCAAGGGCCUGAGGGGCCAGAUCAAGCGGAAAUACUGGCUCGCAUUCGCUCGUCUCUACGGCUGGGUCGGCGGCCACGUGGAUGUCGUCAUGUGCAAUUCCUCGUGGACGUCGGCGCACAUCCGCACGAUCUGGGGCCCCUCGCGGCGCACCAACGUCUACCGGGACCCUACCGUUGUCUUCCCCCCCACCGCCGUCUCGGAGCUCGAGUCGACUAUCGCCGUCAACGCCGAGAUUGAGCAACAGCGCAGCCCCGUCAUCCUCUACAUCGCGCAGUUCCGGCCCGAGAAGAACCACCCGCUCGUCCUGCGCUCGUUUGCCCGCUUCCUCGAAGAGCGCAGCAAGAAUCCCGCGUUGGCCGAGCAACCGCAGCCGAAACUGGUCCUCAUCGGCUCCGUCCGCCACGCCAGCCCCGACGAAACCCACAUCUACAACCUCCGGCUGCUGGCGCACGAGCUGCGCAUCCGCGACCACACCGAGUUCCUCUGCGACGCCAGUUGGCCCGCCAUCCUGUCGCACCUGGGCACCGCAUCCAUCGGCGUCAACGCAAUGUGGAGCGAGCACUUCGGCAUCUGCGUCGUCGAGUACCAAGCCGCCGGCCUGAUCAGUGUGGUGCACGACUCCGGCGGCCCGCGCGAGGACAUCGUCGUCGACCUGGGCGACGGCGCCACGGGCUUCCGCGCCUCCACCGAGGACGAGUUCGCCGCCGCCUUCGAAGCCGCCCUGGCUCUGCCCGAAGAGGAGAAGGUCGCGAUGCGUCUACGAGCCCGCAAAUCCGCCCUGCGCUUCACCGAGGAAGAAUUCGGAGCCAAGUGGAUCGGCGAGAUCGGAAAACUGGUCCGGAUGCGAGCGCAGUAA